AAAAACAAAAGGACAAAAGAAAGGGAUGUCGUUUCUUUCCCGCCUUCUCCGCCGCGCAUUCUCCACCGCAGCUACUGCUGCCACAACCAUCACCUCCGACGCAGCCUCUGACACCGCCAAAUCACUCUCUUAUCUAAUCUACAAAGAACGUAACCACAAGAAACUCGUCAAGAAAUUCAAAAAUGCCUCCGUAAACGAGCACUUUCGCACCAAAGUUGCCAUUUACAAAGAAACCAUUCGCCGUCUCUCAGUUUCGAGGAAAUUUGACUACGUAGAAGAAAUUCUAGAGGACCAAAAGCAAUACAAGGACAUAUCAAAAGAGGGUUUCAAUGCUCGUUUGAUUUCUCUUUAUGGCUCGGUGGGCAUGUUCGAUCACGCACGCAAGGUGUUUGAUGAAAUGCGUGAAAGACAAUGCGCUCGGACGGUCAUGUCUUUAAACGCGCUGUUGGGAGCUUGUCUUAGUUCGAAGAAUUUCGAUGAAGUAGAAGGGUUGUUUAGAGGGUUAUCGAAGGAGAUAAAGAUUGAACCAGAUUUGAUUUCGUAUAAUACGGUCAUCAAGGCAUUCUGCGAGAUGGGUUCAUUGGAUUCGGCAGUUUCGUUGCUGGAUGAAAUGAAAAAGAAGGGUCUUGAGCCUGAUUUGAUUACUUUUAAUACACUUUUACAUGGGUUUUAUGCGAAUGCAAGGUUUGUUGAUGGGGAGAGGAUUUGGGACCAAAUGAAGGAGAGGAAUGUUGAACCAAACAUAAGGAGUUAUAGCGCCAAGUUGUUUGGAAUGGCAUCAGAGAAGAGAAUGAAAGAUGUGGCUAGGGUUGUUGAAGAAAUGAAUAGCAAGGGGAUUAAACAUGAUCCCUUUAGUUACCAUGCUUUGAUUAGAGGGUUUGUUAAUGAAGAUGAUUUUGACGAAGCUAAGCGUUGGUAUGGCGAGAUGUUGAAAAAUGGGUGUAAACCGCAUCGUUUGAUUUUCGAGACAUUGAUUCCUUUUUCUGUUGAGAAGGGUGAUUUAGCUUUCGCUUUUAAGCUUUGCAUGGAUGUUAUCCAUAGCAAGUUGGUUGUUCAGGAGGCGUUGAUACAAAGUGUCGUGGAUGCAUUGGCUAAGGAGUCAAGGAUAGCAGAAGCAAAGGAGCUUGUUGGUCACGGGGAAUCAGGUCGUGCCCAUUCUUAUAAGUUGAAAUUGCCAACGCCAACUUGCAAUGCAUAGACCUCUCUGGUUUCUGUUUUUCGUCGGGUAUAGCUGCAGAUGUCGAGGAAAGGAGGGUUUUUUGGAGCUAGGAGUUAGAAAACUCACAAACUCGUAGCUUGGUGAUGCUUUUUGAUCAGUGAUUAAUGUGGGUGUUCGAACUAGUUUGCGUGCGCUUCAACUAAUCCCAUGAACUUUGAAGUUAAUGACCAUGCCUCCUAUGGUGACUCCUACGUUGUAGCCUCUGGAGAUGGAGCGAGAGACGAGUCUUGGUGAUCCACAAAAAAGAGCAGUAUAUGACCAAUAUGGUGAAGAGGGUUUAAAGGAUCAAGUACCACCACCUGGUGCUGGUGGUGCUGGAGCUUCAUUCUUUUCUGCAGCAGAUGGGCCCACAUCAUUUAGGUUCAAUCCUUGAAAUGAUGAUGACAUUUUUGCUGAAUUUCUCGAGUUCUCAAGUCCAUUUUGUGGGAUGAGAGGUGGCAGUAGAGGGAUGAGAGGAACAAGGUUACCAGGUGGGAUGUUUGGUGAUGAUAUCUUUAAUUCUUAUGGUGAAAGUGGAGGGUCAAUGCAUCAAAGUGCUCCUAGAAAAGCUGCUCCAAUUGAGAAUAAGCUGCAUUGUAGUCUUGAAGAGCUUUACAAGGGAGCUAGCAAGAGAAUAAAGAUAUCUAGGGAGACUUUUGAUGCUAGUGGGUGAGUAUUAAGAAUUUCCUUUUAUGUUAAUUACAUUUCCCCUUGGUUUCUAUCUGAAGUAUAGUCCCUUCUAGUUUGAAUUUCUCCAAGGGGUUUCUGUUUUUUUUUUUUAUAUCAAAUUGAGCAUCAACCUCCCAUUUGAUUUUCAAUAAUCCAUUGCCUGCUGGGAUUUACUUGGUAGAUUAAAGAAUCAAAUGCAUGUUAAGAAAUGUUCUUUUAAUGUUUUUUUUUUUUGCCAAAUCUCUAGUUGCUGCUGCUAGAUUAUUUCACCGAACUUGUACUUUUCUUGUUUUGCAACAAGCUCGUGCCGGUGGAGGAGAUUCUAAUCGUUGACAUGAACCCAGGUUGAAGAAAGGCACAAAGAUCACCUUCCCUGAGAAAGGGAAUGAAUAGCAGCAACAUGUUAUACCAGCAGAUCUAGUCUUCGUUAUUGAUGAAAAACCCCAUCCCCAUGUUCUUCCAUGAUGUUAAUGACUUUAUCUGAUGCUAACUUCAGAGUAGAAGGAUUGAAUCAAAUCUCUCAUGGGACCUUGAGAUCAAUGUCAGAAUGUGGUGCAUCUACCUUGAGAUCACUUGUUAUUUAUGGCGUCAGCUUAUGAUAGUUUCUGUUUUGGUAA